AUGUAUUUCAGCGCAGAAAAUUCAUUAUUGAUAAAACUGCGGAAUCUAUGCUUUUCAUUAAAUGUAAUGUUACAAAAUACUACAAUGAAUAAAGAUGAUGAUAAUGAACAAACUAAUAUAGAGGAUACGUUCAUACAAACACAAAGUAAAAAGAAUGAUGAUAAUCCUUUCUCUUCUCCAUCACCACUUAACGGAUCAAUUUCUUUUCAGAUUCGCAUACAACAUUUCACAUCAUCAGCAUAA